AUGCCAGUACAGAUAGAUCAAGCCAAGGCCAAAAAAGCAUUUAAAGCUUUGUACAAACAUGAGGCUGAAAACGCCGACCAAGAGGAGGCCAUUUGGUUAAUGGUGAACACAUUCAACAAAAUGACACUGACAAAAGGCAGACCCACAAGAAUUGUCCUCAAACAUGGCUGUCAAAUACCCGGCGUGCACCGCUGCCUAAUCACCAAGAAAGACCAACAAAAGUACAAGGAUUUAAUCAAGGAGAAGAAGAUUCGAGGUGUUCACAAAGUGCUUGAUUUAAAGCAUUUAAAGAAAAAGUAUCCCACACCAGAUUCAAAGCAACAAUUAAUACAAGAUUUCGACAUGCUCAUGGCCGAGAAGUCGAUUAUCACAGAUUUAUACAAGAUUCUUGGCAAAGAUGUGUAUAAAAAGAGAAGAGAGCCUAUCCCGAUUGAACUGUUCAAACCAGAUUUGCAGAAAGAAAUCUUGCGCACAGCGAAAUCAACGUACAUGAAUUUCCAUACUGGCAAUAGUCAUGCUAUCCGUAUCGCCACCACAGCUCAAGAUGCUACCAUCGCAUUUGAGAAUUUCAUGUCUGCAUACGAAAAGAUUAUUGCAGCGAUACCUGGAGGAGAGGACAAUAUCAGGUCAUUUCAGAUCAAAACUAACACUUCCGCCAGUUUACCGGUGUACGAUGCAAAGACAGAUUAUGUGGAUGGAUAUAAGAGUGAUGAAGAAUUGUAA